GUAAAAGCAUAGAAAACAGUAAAAGUAUAUGCGUCUGAAGGUACUCGCUCAAUGCACGUAAGUUGGCAAUCUUGUGUAUGAAGGUUUUAACAAAAUGGAUACGAUACCAAGAACUCAUGAAGAUAUUGAAGCACAAAUCCGGGAUCUUCAGUCCCGGAAGAAAGAUCUUAUUGAAGAAAUGAAAGAGAAGGAACGUGUUGGUCUUGGCGAAAGUGGAUUUUAUGACAGAGACAUAUAUGACGGUGGUGGUAGCAAGUAUGAUGGUUAUGUUACGUCCAUAGCCGCCAAUGAUGAAGUAGAUGACGAAGAUGAUAUAGUGUCAUUAAGCCAGAACAAACGUCCAGGUUAUACAGCUCCAGCAGCUUUGCUAAAUGAUGUUGCCCAGAGCGAGAAAGAUUAUGAUCCGUUUGCUGAGCGCCGACGUCCAACAGUUGCAGAAAAAGAAGAUGAAUAUAGACAGAAGAGGCGGAUGAUGAUUAUAUCACCAGAACGAGUUGAUCCGUUUGCUGAAGGUGGGAAAACUCCAGACCUUGGCUCAAGAACAUACACAGAAAUCAUGAAGGAACAGUUGCUUCGUGGAGAAGAAACAGAGUUGCGGAAACAAAUUGUCGAGAAGUCCAAGGAUGGAACUUUGAAGGUUGUGACUAAUGGUGAACUACCGAAGUCUGCUCCGAAGAAGCGAGGUCGCUGGGAUCAGACGGGCGGAGACGAAGGAGUCACUCCUGUGAAGAAAAAGGCCACCAGCAAUAGUGUUUCAUCUGUUGGCUCUUCAUGGGACAAGGAGGAUUCAACGCCGGCUUCAACACGUUGGGAUGAGACUCCAGGGCAUGGCAAAGGAGGUGAAACUCCUGGAGCCACACCAGGUCAGAGCACUCGGAUGUGGGAUGCCACUCCAGGGCAUGCUACUCCAGGUCAUGCCACUCCAGGAAGGGAAACACCAAGUCAUGACAAGGGCACGUCUAGCAGGAGAAACCGAUGGGAUGAAACACCCAAAACAGAGAGAGAAACACCUGGCCAUAACAGUGGUUGGGCAGAAACUCCCAGAACAGACCGAACUGGUGCUGGCGAUUUAAUUCAGGAGACCCCUACUCCUUCCGCCAGCAAGCGACGUAGUCGGUGGGAUGAGACUCCGUCAAGUCAGAUGACACCAGGUGCGAUGACUCCACAGACUCCAGGAACACCUCACACUCCUCAUGGUACUCCUCAUGGAACUCCUCAUGCAACACCCUCCAUUAUGACGCCAAGUGGAGUUACACCUACUGGAACGAAAGCUAUGGCGAUGGCUACUCCAACACCAGGACAUCUUGCCACAAUGACUCCAGAACAGCUGCAGGCAUAUCGCUGGGAACGAGAGAUUGACGAGAGGAACCGUCCACUUUCAGACGACGAGCUUGAUGCUAUGUUUCCUCCAGGUUACAAAGUCCUCACUCCACCUGCUGGAUAUAUUCCUAUUCGUACUCCUGCGCGGAAGCUAACGGCUACGCCGACGCCUAUCGCCGGAACACCGGCAGGAUUCUUCAUCCAACAGGAAGACAAAUCAGCAAAGUAUAUGGAUAAUCAGCCAAAGGGAAACCUUCCAUUCAUGAAGCCAGAAGAUGCUCAGUACUUUGAUAAGUUGCUGGUAGAUGAUGUACUUACUACUGAGCAGAGUAGUUUUAGUUCACUGAUAUUACAUGAAUUAAAAUAAAAGAAUGGAACACCGCCGAUGCGCAAAGCUGCUCUUCGUCAGAUCACAGACAAAGCGCGCGAGUUUGGAGCAGGACCACUGUUUAAUCAGAUACUGCCACUGCUCAUGUCACCAACUUUAGAGGAUCAGGAGAGACAUCUUCUGGUGAAAGUUAUUGAUCGCAUCCUGUACAAAUUGGAUGAUUUAGUGAGACCGUAUGUUCAUAAGAUCCUUGUAGUGAUAGAGCCUCUACUUAUUGAUGAAGACUACUAUGCUCGAGUGGAAGGCCGUGAAAUCAUCUCUAACUUGGCCAAAGCUGCUGGGUUGGCAACCAUGAUUUCAACAAUGAGACCAGAUAUCGACAACAUCGAUGAGUACGUCCGUAACACGACAGCUAGAGCAUUUGCAGUGGUAGCGUCUGCUUUGGGCAUUCCAUCGCUACUUCCUUUCUUAAAAGCUGUUUGUCGAAGCAAAAAGUCUUGGCAAGCUAGACAUACAGGCAUCAAGAUCGUGCAGCAGAUUGCAAUUUUGAUGGGAUGUGCAAUUCUUCCACACCUCAAAAGUCUGGUUGAAAUUAUAGAACACGGUUUGGUUGAUGAGCAGCAGAAAGUGCGAACUAUAACAGCCUUGGCUAUUGCUGCCCUGGCAGAAGCCGCAACUCCGUAUGGUAUUGAGAGCUUUGAUUCUGUUCUAAAACCUUUGUGGAAGGGUAUCAGAACACACAGAGGAAAGGGUCUUGCUGCCUUCUUGAAAGCCAUCGGUUAUCUGAUUCCUUUAAUGGAUGCUGAGUACGCAAAUUACUACACCAGAGAAGUGAUGUUGAUUUUGAUCCGAGAAUUCCAGUCCCCAGAUGAAGAAAUGAAGAAGAUUGUUUUAAAAGUGGUGAAGCAGUGCUGCGGAACUGAUGGUGUGGAGUCACAGUAUAUAAAGGAUGAAAUCCUUCCACACUUCUUCAAACACUUCUGGAAUCAUCGAAUGGCGCUAGAUCGCAGGAACUACAGACAGCUUGUGGACACAACUGUGGAAAUUGCCAAUAAAGUCGGUGCUUCUGAGAUCAUCAAUCGCGUGGUGGAUGAUCUGAAGGAUGAGAACGAGCAGUAUCGUAAAAUGGUUAUGGAAACCAUCGAGAAAAUUAUGGGUAACCUUGGAGCAGCCGACAUAGACUCUCGUCUUGAAGAGCAGCUCAUUGAUGGUAUCUUGUAUGCAUUCCAAGAACAGACAACUGAGGAUGUGGUGAUGCUGAAUGGUUUUGGUACGAUCGUCAAUCAGUUAGGAAAACGUGUGAAGCCAUACUUGCCACAGAUUUGUGGUACCAUUCUGUGGCGUCUUAACAAUAAAUCAGCCAAAGUGCGUCAACAAGCUGCUGACCUCAUAUCAAGGAUAGCUGUUGUCAUGAAGACCUGUCAGGAGGAAAAACUUAUGGGACACUUGGGUGUUGUGUUGUAUGAAUACUUGGGUGAGGAGUACCCAGAAGUUCUAGGUAGCAUUCUUGGAGCACUGAAAGCAAUUGUGAAUGUCAUUGGUAUGACAAAAAUGACACCGCCCAUCAAGGACCUUCUUCCAAGACUGACGCCUAUCCUUAAGAACAGGCAUGAGAAGGUCCAAGAAAACUGUAUAGAUCUGGUUGGUCGUAUUGCUGACAGAGGACCAGAAUAUGUGUCCGCUCGAGAAUGGAUGCGAAUAUGUUUUGAGCUUCUCGAGUUGCUCAAAGCUCACAAGAAGGCCAUACGAAGAGCUACAGUGAACACAUUUGGUUAUAUUGCAAAAGCAAUAGGCCCCCAUGAUGUGUUGGCUACGCUGUUGAAUAACCUGAAAGUCCAGGAGCGUCAGAAUCGAGUCUGCACGACUGUGGCCAUUGCUAUCGUAGCUGAGACUUGCUCCCCAUUCACUGUCUUGCCAGCCCUUAUGAAUGAAUACAGAGUUCCAGAACUGAAUGUUCAGAACGGUGUUCUGAAGUCCUUAUCGUUUUUGUUCGAAUAUAUUGGGGAAAUGGGCAAGGAUUACAUUUAUGCUGUUACACCACUGUUAGAAGAUGCCCUGAUGGACAGAGACCUUGUACACAGGCAGACAGCUUGUGCAGCCAUCAAGCACAUGGCUCUGGGUGUGUAUGGGUUUGGCUGUGAGGAUGCACUCAUACAUUUACUGAACCAUGUGUGGCCUAAUAUAUUUGAAACAUCACCACAUCUUGUACAAGCUUUCAUGGACUCGAUUGAAGGCCUUCGUGUUGCUUUGGGACCAAAUAAAAUACUUCAGUAUGUGUUACAGGGUCUUUUCCAUCCUGCAAGGAAAGUUCGUGAUGUGUAUUGGAAGAUUUACAAUUCCCUGUAUAUCGGCGGGCAAGAUGCAUUGGUUGCUGGCUACCCCAGGAUACUUAAUGAUCCUAAGAAUCAGUAUGUUCGUUAUGAGUUGGAUUACAUUCUUUAAAAAACUGUAUUUAAAUAGCUAGUUGAAAAAGAAUUCUGUAAUUUAGUUUCAAGCACCUUAGUUACAUGUAUAUCACUUUCAUUUUACUUGUUGGUGUCAAGUGCAGUUGUGCCCAUGUAUGAACUUCCACUUAAAUAUUAAAUGCUAUAUCAUAUUUACUCAUAAAUCAUUUGCUCUUGAAAGAAGUUGUCAUUUGUAUUGCCAACAUUUUGGAAUUGUUAUUAAAAAACAGAGAUUUCUCUGAUGUAAGUAGAGUAACACACUUGAAAUAGAUUUUUUGAAUUGUCUUCACUUGCAUAAUUUUUGUCCACUUUUGAACCAGGAUUGUAAAUAGAACUGAACAUGGCUGUCUUAUGGGUUGUAGCACCACUUGGUCUGGUCAAAGUUUACCAUUUCAGUGAUCCUUGCCUCCUCCAUCAUCAGGGUGAUGAUGGAGGCGGCAAGGACCUCUGAAACGUUGGUAAACUUCCACCGGACAUGGCAUUACAACCUAGAAGACAUCUAUAUUCAUAUUCACUGCCGUAAGAAUCUCAAAUCCUGCUUAGUAAGGAACCGUUUUCUUGAUGGCUGUAGUUGCAGAACUACAGUAUAAAAUAUUGUUCAUACAAAAGUUUAUUUGCAAGUAUAUUGUUGUGGCUAUGUAAGUUAAUUUAUUUUUGCCAUUUAAAACAAAGUAGAUUUCUCUGUGCAUUCCAAACUUUAUGAAAAAUCUCUGUUGGUUAUUCUCAUAUCCGUUUGGACAAUAGAAGUGUUGGAAAGUAAGUACAAAAUUAAAAAUUUCAGAUAAUAUCACAUAGCUCUUGUAUGCACACUGUCACGUAAAAGAUUGGACAUACUCUGGAUCUGAGUUUCCAAAGAAUGAAUUAUUAAGUAUGGGCCAUUCAGUAAUUAGCAUAAAUUUUGUAUUUGUUUGUUAGUUGGGCUAAUGAGAAACUGUGAAAUAGCCAUUCCCUAGUCAGUAUUCAGACUGGUACCCGUAGUACGUUGCAUUUUACUCAUCAGCAAAGACCAUAAAUUUAAACAAGAAACAAAUAGAAAUGUGAAAAAGUGUGAGUUUUGGCAAGUGCAUGGAGGUAGUUUACUUUGAACUGAAAAUUACCCAAGAAUUGUUCCUCAUUAAUGGAGGAAGUUAUUAAAAAUUCUGGUCCCUUAGUUUGAAUUAAUGUGCUUUUACUGUAUUGCUCUUCUAACAUGAUGUAAUUGUUUCUGGUUUGAAAAACAGUCUUAAUAUAGCUUACUUUUUAAUGUAUGAACUUUCCAUCAGACCAGGUUUUCUACAAAUUUUACAACUUGAAUUUAUAAAACCGUUGGCACAUGCAACUUUGUUUUUUGUGUUAUCUUGAAGUAUGUUUCCUCUUGUACAGUAUUUCCUUUCAUUUGCUGCCUGAUUUAACAGCUUAAAAUAUAUUUGAUAUCACAAUGUGACUUGGUAAUUAUGAAUCGAAGGUCAUUCAUUGCUAAGUACAAAGCAGAAGGAUAGUAAUGGUAUUUUACUGUAGUUCUUACUACAGUUUUAUGAAUGAAGAUACUUCAUUAUCCUCUUCUAGCAUCAUUAUGUAUUCCAGCAGUGGUUUCCUUUGUAUUAACCAUAAACUAUUUGAACUACAUAAAUAAAUCAAAAGGGUAAAUUCUAA